AUGUGUCGCUAUUUACUGAUUGAACAAGGUGUAGGUUAAUUUUGAGUUAUUAUAUGUGUUCAAGGUUUUUAAAAAUUGAAGGUGAUAACUCAUAAACUUUUUGUAAAGAAAGUUUUUGCUAUUUUUAUUGAUUAUAAAGCAACAUUAUUAAGUUUCCAAUUCAAAACUUACGCUAUUUUUAAGAUAUGAAGUUUCAGACCACCAUGUUACCCAAAACACUAAAAUCACUUCGAUCCUUUACAUCUUCACCAUCAUCAAGAGCAGCAAAAGCUGUCAAACCCAAUCCAAAACUUAAACAUAUGACAAGUUAUCAUCAUGAAACAUCCGAUACUCCAUUGACGUUCAAAACUUUUUAUCAAGAAUUUCGAGAAUGGACCGAAGCUCGACCAGACAAGGAGAUGAUCAUAUUCAGAGAGCAGAACAUUAUAAAGACUUAUGAAGAGGUUUACUGUGAUGUAAGUUGAAUUUACAUUGAUAUUUUGAUGGCCCGGGGUUUGUUUUGAAGACAAGGUAAGGUAGAGACGGGUAAUUCAGUUUGGUGGCUGAUUAAAAAAAAUAAAAAAGGGCGGGGUAAAAUUUUUGGGGGGGGGCUGACUAAUAUUAUUUUUAAAGAGAGGAGAAGGUUAAAACAGGUAGUUAAAGAUUUUUUUUUGUUCAAAAAAAUUUUAGUGGGCGGGGUAAAAAAAUUUGGGGGUGGAUUUUUAUUUUUGUCUUAUCCAGCUCUAGAGGGUCAUAUAUUACCGCUAAAAUUCAUUUUUCAGGCCAGAAAGCUUGUCCUAGGCCUAAUUCAUCUGAAUGUGAAGCGUGGCGAUCGUAUCGGCAUUUGGGGCCCAAACUACUACGAAUGGGUGGUCGCUCAAUAUGCAGCGGGCAUGGGCGGUAUGGUUUUGGUAAGCUUUUGGAAGUUUUUUUUAAGAAUUGGGAAGGUUAUAGAGGGUUCGGGUGGGUUAAUUUAAUUUUUUUGGUUAGAAAAGGGGGGGGGGGGAAUUUUUUUAUUUUAAAGUUUGAACUAAAAAUUUUUAAAAUUUUGAAUUUUCAGGUCAAUUUGAACCCAGCCUACCAAACCGAAGAGUUUCGUCUUGCCAUGAAGAAGGUAGGCAUAAAGGUAUUGAUUACCCCUCCAAAGUUUCGCUACACCAACUAUUACAGGUAAGUGCUAAAAAUGACUGGCGUUCUAAUUAUACCUUUCUUGAAAGUUUUUCAAUAAAACCUGCUUUAAAUUCACUAUUUUAGGCCGAAAAUUUUUAAAAUUUACUAAAAAUUCGAUUUUUUAAAGAAUUUUAGGUAACAAUCAUAUAAAUUUCAAAAAUUUUAGGUAACAAAGAUAUAAUCAUCAUAUUUUAUAUACUUUGUUCAAUUUCAGUAUUAUCUGUGGCCUGACAAAACAAAUGAAAACGGCACCAAUUGGCAUGGGAAUGGUUCAAAGUCAAAUCUUGCCCGAUUUGAAACAUUACAUCAUGUUCAACCUGGAGCAUCCAGAUCACGAAGGAUUCCCGUAAGUUUGGAAGGAAUUUUGUUUACAAGGCUUGAAAUGGCAAUAACGUUCUUUAUAAAAUGAAAAACGGCAAGAACUUUCUUUACAAAACAAAAAAGGUCAUUUAUCGUAUAACUUGUCACCCGCAGGCUGCGAAUGACAAAAGUCGCUGCGUUUUGCGUUCAAAUGACAAGAACUUUCUUUACAGAACAAAAAAUGGCAAGAACUUUCUUUACAGAACAAAAAAGUUCCUUUAUCAUAUAACUUGUCACCCGCAGGUUGCAAAUUUCAAAAAUUGCUGAAUUUUGCGUUAAACUGGCAAGAACUUUCUUUACAAAACAAAAAAUGGCAAGAAUUUUCUUCACAAACCUUAAAUGUCAUUCUUUUCCAGAGGAGCGUGGAACCUAAGAGAUAUAAUGGCAUCAGGAGGCACGGACGCAGUAAAAUACCUCAACUGUUGUGAACGACGAACCUGUCCAGACGACCCAAUGAACAUACAGUACACCUCAGGCACCACCGGCAUUCAGAAAGCCGCUACACUAACUCACUUUGGCAUCCUAAACGUGGCCAAGUUGGUGGGCCGAGGGAUGGGCAUGGACGAGAAUGUCAGGUUAUGCAUUCCAAACCCCCUCUUCCACUGCUUCGGCUCAGUCAUCGGUACCAUCACGGUACCACAAAUGGGUGGUACCAUGGUCUUUCCCUCGUCCUGGUUUAAUGCCGAACUCACAGCCAGCACGAUUCAUGAGUACGGGUGCACGGCUUUGUAUGGCACACCAACAAUGUUUGUUGGAGUGCUGGAAGCGGCCAAAAACAAAGGAUUUCGAUUGGAUAAAUGCAAAAAAGGUAAGGUUUGAAGAGGAAUUUGAUUUUUUUGGAUGAAUAUUGAUGGAAAGUUUUUGCCAUUUUUUGUUUUGUAAAGAAAGUCUUUGCCCUUUUUCACUUUGGAAAGUAAGUUCUGGCCAUUUCUUGUUUUGUAAAGAAAGUUCUUGCCAUUUUUUUUAUUUUUCUUGUCAUUUUAAGUCUUGUAAGGAAAGUUCUUGCAAUUUUUUAUUUUGUAAAGAAAGUUCUUGCCAUUUUCUUUUUUUGUAAAGAAAGUUCUUGCCAUUUUUUUUGUUUUGAAAGGAAAAUUCUUUUAAUUUUUUAUUCUGUAAAGAAAGUUUUCGUUUUUCUUGUAAAAUAGACGAACUUUGUAUUUUCGCAGCCUGCGGGAGACAUGUGAUACUCUGGGAAAGAUUUUUUGUUUUGUAAAAGAAUUUCUUGCCGUUUCUAAUACAAAAAAUUAAAGAUUGGCAAGAACUUUCUUUACAAAACCAAAAAUGGCAAAAAUUUUCUUUACAAAUCAAAAAAUUGCAAGAACUUUCUUUACAAAAAAAAUGGCAAAACCUUUAUUUCCAAAAAUAUUUCCAAUUUUUUUUUAAUUCCAGGAAUAAUUGGCGGAUCCCCCUGCCCUCAACCCCUAUGUCAAGAGCUAGUCGAAGCCGGAAUGACAGAACUAACAACAAGUUAUGGCACAACCGAGAUGAGUUCAUGUAUAACACUGACCGACUACAAGAUGGAUCCAUUCGAGCGAAUCAAGAACGUCGGCCGCGUCUUACCGCACAAUGAGUUGGCCAUAAUGGACAGUCGCGGACGUUCCGUGCCUCGCGGCACAGCGGGAGAGAUCUGGGUUCGAGGGCCGGGCACUAUGCGCUACUACUAUGAUGAGCCGGGAGAGACGGCUAAAGCUAUCAGUGCUGACCGGUGGUAUCAUACUGGGUAGGGUAAUAUCGAUGAUAUUUUUGGUUUGGGCAGGGUAAUAUUAAAUGUUUUUUUGAUUGGGGAGGAUAGUCUAGUUUUUUUGUUUGGGGUAGGGUAAUGUUGAUCUUAUUUUUGGUUUGGGCAGGGUAAAGCUUGCUUUGUAAAGAAAGUUCUUGCCAUUUUUGUGUCUUGUAAAGGAAGUUAUUGCCAUUUUUUGUUUUGUAGAAAGUUCUUGCAAUUUUACGUUUUGUAAAGAAAGUUCUUGCCAUUUUUUGCUUUAUAGACCAAGUGUAAUACAAAAAAAAUUUAAGUGAUAUGGGCUACAUGAAUGAAGACGGCACAAUCGCAAUAUCCGGUCGACUACGUGACAUGAUCAUCCGUGGUGGAGAGAACAUUUAUCCCGCCGAAAUUGAGCAGUUUUUGUAUAGACAUCCAUCCAUUUCUAAUGCUUAUGUAAGCUCUUAACUAAGUGGUAUCACCUACUACAAUAUCAUUUUUAUCUACUGUAAUAUGACUUCAGCACCUAUUACAAUAUAACUUCACUACCUUCUACAAUAUGAAUUCACCACCUAUUACAAUAUAAAUUUUCAGGUAGUAGGGAUUCCGGACCAUAAAUACGGAGAAAAAGUGUGUGCAGUCAUCAUUCUGAAGCCAAAUGCCCCCAAGUUGACGGCCGAAGAAGUGAAAAAGUUUUGCAGACACAAGAUUUCACACUACAAGAUACCAGAGUUCAUUCUGUUCAAAGACGAGGAAUGCAUCCCAAUGACAACAUCAGGCAAAGUCAAGAAGUUUGUACUGUCACAGAAGUGCCAAAAAGCCCUGGGGCGAAAGCCACGAUCCAAAUUUUGA